AGCACCGACAACGUUGUUGUUGGUCUGGGCUGAGAAACAGUAAAGGAAGAAGCCUAGGGUCCAUUUUGCAUGCUGUCUGCUUCGAAGUGUGCGAAAAUAUCAGCAGACAGAAGAGGACAAAGAGCUGCAAUGGACGGUGAUGUUGCAGUUGGUGUGAAGAGAGGCUCAGAUGAGCUCAACAUGUACAGCAGCAGCCCCAGCUCCAUGACCGCAAACGGCAGCGACAGUAAGAAGCAGCGCCUCGACGAGUCCCCUCCCUCCAGAGUCCUUCACAUCAGAAAACUUCCCAAUGAAGUGACGGAGACUGAAGUCAUCGCUCUGGGCCUGCCGUUUGGAAAGGUCACCAACAUAUUGAUGCUGAAGGGGAAAAAUCAGGCUUUUCUUGAGUUGGGUACAGAGGAAGCAGCUAUUACCAUGGUCAACUACUACACCGCUGUCACACCGCAGGUCAGAAACACUCCAGUCUUCAUCCAGUAUUCAAACCACAAGGAACUGAAAACAGAUUCAGCUCUGAACCAGAGAGCCCAGGCAGUCCUGCAGGCGGUGUCAGCCGUUCAGGAUGGCAGCUCUCCAUCCUCCGACCCCGGAGUUUUGGAGCUGGCUCCGCCCCCCAGUCCCGUCCUGCGAAUUAUCAUUGACAACAUGUUUUAUCCUGUCACACUGGAUGUUUUACAACAGAUCUUCAGCAAGUUUGGUACUGUGAUGAAGAUCAUAACUUUCACCAAGAAUAACCAGUUUCAGGCUCUGCUGCAGUUCAGCGAUCCCGUCAAUGCACAGCAGGCUAAACUGUCUUUAGAUGGACAAAACAUCUAUAAUUCCUGCUGUACUCUACGAAUAGACUUCAGUAAACUGGUCAACCUCAACGUCAAAUACAACAAUGACAAGAGUCGGGAUUACACCAGACCCGACCUCCCGACAGGAGACGGAGAUUCAGCCAACAAGGAUCACUCUCUGCUGGGAACCCCAUCUGGUGCGCUUGCUUCCUACUCCAGUGGAGGAAGUUACUCCUCUUCUCUGUCACUCUCACAGGGUGGAGGAGCCAUCAGUCCUCUGAGCGCUGCGGCGGCGGCAGCAGCAGCUGCAGGUCGUGUCGCUUUGUCCGGGUCUGGAGUGUCCGGGGUCCUGCUGGCUUCCAACCUGAAUGAAGAGAUGGUCACGCCUCAAAGUCUCUUUACCCUCUUCGGGGUCUACGGGGACGUGCAGAGGGUGAAGAUCCUCUACAACAAGAAGGACAGCGCUCUGAUCCAACUUUCUGACGGGAACCAGGCUCAGCUCGCCAUGAGUCACCUCAACGGUCAAAAGGUUUUUGGUAAAGUCAUGAGGGUGACGCUAUCAAAGCAUCAAACAGUCGCUUUGCCUCGAGAAGGACUGGACGACCAGCUGCUCACUAAAGAUUUUGCCGGCUCCCCACUCCAUCGCUUCAAGAAGCCUGGAUCCAAAAACUUCCAGAACAUCUUUCCUCCGUCUGCAACUCUUCACCUCUCCAACAUUAGGGAGGGAGUGGGGGAGGAAGACCUGCGUCUACUGUUUUCUAACAGCGGGGGAGCGGUCAAAGCCUUCAAGUUCUUCCAGGACCGUAAGAUGGCUUUGAUCCAGAUGUCUUCAGUAGAAGAAGCCAUCCAGGCUCUGAUGGACCUUCAUAACUACGACAUGGGAGGAAAUCAUCAUCUCAAAGUUUCCUUUUCCAAGUCCACCAUCUAAUCCAAACUCUCUCAAACCAUUUACACUUCUCUGUGAAUAGUCUUCAGGUUAGGCACGACCACGGGGCAGAUUCCACCACACGUUUCUUUAUUUCUCUUAGAGGCGGUGCUUCCCCAGCCGCUGUCCACAGACGGCUCAGCUUUGACCUCUGCAAAUGAAACACCAGCUAAAAACGUCUCAUCUCGAUUUGAAGCACAAUUGCAGAAGUGUUGCUCAGCUUCAGGACUUCAGAGCUGAAUGUUUUCCUAAGUGAUGCUCUUUAUGCAGAAGAGACGCGGAGCGGAUGCUGCGAAAUCGCCGUUUUUGAAAAUGCUCAAAGAGAAGCUGCUCUGUUCGGGUUCUUCUGCUGCGUUUGAAGCUCCUCUGGCUUCUUAUUUCAACCAGUCAGGAGGAUUUUAAAACGCGUUCCUGAGCAAAUGUCUGUAUUUCUUUCCUUUAAUCAUUUGAAGAAAAUGGUUGAAUUCCCCGUGUUGACUUAAAUGGUUUGGUGCCAAGUUCAUUCUUCAGAAGUAGUUAUUGUGAUAAAGUCAACAGCUGGCCGUGUAAAUAAUGACAUGCAAACGUUUGGGCACCUCUAGUCUGUUCUCUUUCUUUUGUUGUGAACACCUGGUUACGUUUAGAGACUGCUUUUAAAAAAAAAAAAAUUAACCGUUUUUAAUAUUAAAGCAAAACUUUUUUGUCUUUAAUUAUUUUCCUUAAAAAAACUCAAUUAUUUAAAAAUCUUGGUUUUAUUGUACCCAUUCUCACAACAUGAAAAAAUGAAUAAAAAAAUAUUGGAAUGUUUCAACUGUUUUUUUGUCAAAAAGUAAGAAAAAACUCAAACAUUUUAGAGAUUUUUCGGCUUUUUUGUCUAAAAGAAAUUGUUCCUUUUUUCUUCUUGAGGUUUCUCACUCUGGAUUUUGUGUUAAAGAAGAAAUCAUUUCUUUUUCAGUCAUUUAACACACAUUACAGCCCUUUGAAUUUGUGCUCUUUUCUUUUCCUUUAAUAUGUGACAUGAGGCCUGAGAAGAAUUGAGUCAUGUCUGUUCUAGUGUUUAUCAUUAUUGUUUUGCAGUAAAUAAACUGGUCUGACUGAUCUGAA